CAGGUGACUGCAACUGCGGGUCACUGAUCUGUCUCCACACUGAGCUCAGUGUAUGAGAGCAGUGGGGAUACAGAGCAUCACCCGCUUCUCCUCCUCUCUCAGCGUCACAUUUAUGGAUUUAAAACAAUAUUCAGAUCCUGUUCAGCGGCUGAAAAAGUCUAAAGUGGAGUUUAAAUGAAGUCCGGACUCGAGUUUUUAUUAAUAACCCGCGUUUCUCUCACCUCAUAUCGGAUUGUACCUGAGUGAGGAGGAAACAUGAAAAGUUUGCUUUUUGUCACCUUGUGUUUCUCCACGUGUCCGAUCAUGAUUGAUGGACGACAUCCAACCUGUAACUUCAUGUUGGAGGUGGAGAGAGACCAGGCGGAGUGUGUGCGGAGACUGAGGGAGGAAGACGCCACCAGGAGCCAUAAAGAGCCGGGGUGCAAAGGAGAGUGGGACAACAUUGCAUGCUGGGAGCAGACUGAGAUCGGCGAGACGGUCACCAUCCCCUGUCCCCGAGUCCUCAGGACCGUAUUCGGCAGAAAUGGUAACAUCAGCAGGAACUGCACGUCGAUGGGCUGGACGGACGUUUUCCCAAACAUCAGCAGUGUGUGUGGGUCGGACACCAGCCAGGACAAGCUGGUCUUCUACCUGGUUGUGCAGACGCUGUACACUCUGGGUCACAGUCUGUCUCUGAUUGCCCUCACCACGGGGAGCGCCAUCCUCUGUCUGUUCCGGAAGCUCCACUGCACCAGGAACUACAUCCACCUCAACCUCUUCUUCUCCUUCAUUCUGCGAGCCGUGGCCGUGCUGGUGAAGGAUGACAUCAUCUUCAACCGAAACACGCAGUGCUCCAACCAGCCAUCACUGGUGGGAUGUAAAGCCAGCCUGGUGUUUUUCCAGUAUUUCAUCAUGGCCAACUUCUUCUGGCUGCUGGUGGAGGGUCUGUACCUCCACACGCUACUCGUCGUCAUCUUCUCCGAGGACAGACACUUCAUCGUCUACAUGUUCAUCGGCUGGGGAAUCCCCACGGUGUUCGUCUUUGUCUGGGUGAUGACAAGGAUUUAUCUGGAGGAUACGGGAUGCUGGGAGAGAAAUGACAACCCCAUACCCAACUGGGUGAUCAACGGACCAAUCGGAUUCUCUAUUAUGGUGAACUUUAUCCUGUUCAUAAGCAUCAUUCGGAUCUUGGUUCAGAAGCUGAGGUGUCCCGAUGUGGGUGGCAACGACCAAUCACAAUACAGGAGGUUGGCCAAAUCCACUCUGCUGCUGAUCCCUCUGUUUGGGAUCCACUACGUGGUCUUCGUUUCUCUCAAUGAAUCCAUCGCAGAGGAUUAUAGAAUAUUCUUUGACCUCGCCCUCGGAUCCUUUCAGGGUCUGGUGGUGGCCAUCCUGUACUGUUUCCUGAACAGUGAGGUUCAAGGCGAGCUAAAGAGAAAGUGGCGGAGUAUGUAUCUGAACUGCCGUCUGAGCAGAGAUCACCACUUCAAUAGCACCUUCGCCUCCAGAAACGGCUCAGAGCACAUGGUGCAGUUUCACCGCAACUCCCGAACCCAGUCCAUCCUGCAGUCAGAGACCACAGUGCUGUGAGGACCCGAGGGAACCCUUUAAAGAAUACAAAAGCAAACAGAAUCUCCAGGUUGACAUGGGUCGAAAAUUAUUUGAAGUUGAGGUGAAGUGCCACAUGGGUGGGAGCUGCAUGUUGUUUCUGAUUUUGGUUUUAGCUUUACAAAUCUCUAUAAGCCUUCAAAAUGUAUGAACUAAAGCAGUUUGAUCCAUCCCGUGAGGGUGUGCUUGUGUUUGCUGCCAAGAAAGAACCAUUUUAACUCAGUGUUUUUAUGUUUUGUUAUCCGUGUGAGCCAAGAGAGAACAGGGCUUAUUUGCAGGUGUUGCAAUAUCAGCAGCCUUAGUUUUCCUUGAUCACGCACAGGUGUGAGGUAAGAUAUGGAUGUGAUUUGACUUGUGUAUGUUAAAUGCAUCGGUGCCAAUCUUCUCUUCAUAUCUAGCAGAGCUAUAGACUUUAGAUUAAGAAAUGGUCGCAGUUUGUCUAGGUUUAGGCAGCAAAACCACUUGUUUAAGGUUAUGGUUAGGUGUAGCAAAAGAUAGUUAAAAAAGUAAAAUCAAUGGAUUUAACUACCAGGAGUGAAGCCGUUAUGUAGGUGACUUAAAAUAUGACAUAGACGUGAGGGCUGCACGAUCAUGGCCAAAAUGAUAAUCAUGAUUAUUUUGAUCAAUAUUGUAAUCACAAUUAUUAAUCACGAUUAUUCAUCAUGUUAGAGAAAACAUCUGUAUUUUUAUUGCACUACUUUUAAACAAACAACAGGAACAGUUUUUAGUGUGUCCACAGAGUGUCUGGUGCUUGUUGUAAACAAACAGAGAUCGCUAAGAGAACAUCUCCUGCAGCAGCAGCACAUACACACUGUACUGCUACAGAGCUAACUGUUAGCCUGUUAGCAAUUUGCAGACUGGACGCUAAGGGGUUAACAUCCCCUCCAGCUCUGCAGCUGGGAAAGACUGCUGCAGAAGGACUGUGCCGAUUCGAUUCGACUCGUUCUUACUGGGGAUUCCCACCGGCCGCGGAACGGCCGCGUGUAUACAGCUAACUUGCUACGCUGCCGUUACGUGACCUGUGGGAAUUGACGCCGGGCAGAGGAUGAAUCAAAACCGCAGCGCAGCCAUUCUGCGCCCGGUGGAAAUCCCCAGUUCUUAACGAGCCGCCAGCCCCUGCAACUCGUCCAAUAACACCAGAAAAAGUAGCUGGAUUUGUCGCUUGUUGCUUUUUUGAAAAAUAGUCGUUAAGGGGGUCUGAAAAGUCGCUAAAUAUAGCAAUCAAGUUGCUAAGUUGGCAACACUGCUUCGCCAGCUUUUACAAAUGGCGUGUGUUGUUGUGGCGUAGAAUACUACGUCACAUCCUCCUUGCGUUCCAUCCAAUCAGCAACCAGCCUUUUUUAAGGGACAAAAACGGCCCUGCCCCCUGGUGGUUGGUGGACUACUGGUGUAGAAAGUGCUUGAUUAGAUAUGCAGGAGAGCCGCAUUUUAAAAUGGAAACAUCGCCAACGAUAAAGUUAAUUUAAUCGUGGAGGCCAAAAUCGCUAUAACGAUUAAAAUUCGAUCAACUGUGCAGCCCUAAUAGACAUUACGUAGCUACCCACAGGUUAUGCAGGGGAAUUGAGUUACGCAGCUUUAAAUUACACUGUUUGUUUGUUAUGAUAUGGGACACAAACACCAGUCUCCUGGGUCCAAGUCCUGUGUUUGUUUAACCCAUCACCAACAACUUAACGUCCACUUUUCGUGGACCGUGUCAUUCUUUAUACUCCAUAUCCUCGAAACCUAGUAACGUACUUGGGCCACGUAGCUGCAUGUAGAGAAAAAGAAAUAGGUGAGCCAUGUCAAAAGAGAGUUAAGCCAGGAAUUCCUGUGCAGGUGCACACAGCUUUUAUGGUCAUUUAAUCAGCCUCAGUUGAUUAUAAUGGACACAUUUUGCUGAGGCAGACCUGUCAUGCCACAUCUGUGUCCAGUGUAUUUUUGCAGUAACCCGAGCCAAGAAAUUUCUGUGCCUAAACCUGCCUGAACCUUAACUAUAGUUGUGUUAGAUCAGAAGGCAAUGACCAAAACCAUGUUGUUUUGCCGGUAGUCGUGUUGGAUCAGGAACACAGAACAUGUCAUUUCAAUGGACAGUUGUUCAAUUUGAAAGACUAACUUAUUUUUAAGGACUGUUGGUUUGGGUCCAUUCAUCGAGAUUUCACUCAACUAAACGGCAGAAAAGCAGUUCUUUUUAGAAGUUUGCAGGAAAAGUUGACAACUUGUUCAUUUAAUGAUGUAUUUUGGUCCAUGAUGGUCACCCCCACCCAUCUGAUACUUGCUUGUUUAAAUCACUUCUAAGAAAGGCUCACUAAUGCAUUUUGACCCAGGUCAGAUCAGGAGCCCUGGUAUGAAAAAAACACUGGUAAACAGGGUUGUUUUGUAAUGAUUCAGAACUCAAAACUGCAUCAUUUUUUAAAUGUACAUUUAAUCAUAUGCUGUUAUUGAGAAGUGCUGUGCAUGCUCCAAACCCUUUAUCUGUGCUAUGAUGGUUUGUGCUGAUCUGUUAUAAUGAAAUAAUGUAGGUGCUCAGACUGAAGGUGUCAUGUGAUUAAAAGAGAUGCUGUCCACCGGGAACUUCUGUUUGAAUUGGUGCGGUUGUAUUCAAACAAUACAGUUUACACAGCCUGGGAGCCUUCGGCUGGGAGAGGACAGGAUGGAUUUUACAGAUUUGUUAUGUAUAAUUUAAGCAGGACUGGGUUUUCAGUGGGAAGACAGUGAAGGAUCAAAUACAUGCUGUAAGAUUUCCAUUCAAUUUAACCUACUUAUGCAGCAAUUGUGAUCACUGCCACCCACAAACUGUUUUCUGUUGGAAAAUCUCUUUGCCCCAUCCCACAGAGAAAAUAAUACCCAUAUAGCCAUAGAGCACUGGUUUUAAUCUGCAGAGGGACUGCAAAUAUUAAGAUUUGGUUUAAUAAGACAAAAUCUUACUGUCAGUGGGUGUGGCUUAAUGCGCCACUCAACAAGCUGCUUCAAACAUUUUUCUAUUUCCUCCAGCUGAAUCAUGACAGUCAUUAGUUAACGCAGAACUUCCAGGUGGAUACAGGAACCUAAAAGAAAAUAACUGCUAAUGAGUGGGAAUAAUGUUUCUUUUUUUUCAUUCAGGAAGUGUUACACAGCAGUUGCAUGAUAUUCUCAGUGUUUGCCUUUUUCAUUACUGUUGAUAAAUGGCUGUCAACAUGACUUUUUCUGCAGAAUCUAAUGUAAAUUUUGUCAAGAUAUGACAAGGAAAAAGAGGAAAAGCUUGCUUUGUACUGUA